AUGGCGUCAGCCCCGGAAGGCAAUCCUGAUCCUGGUAGGACCCAUGGCGAAGAAGAGCCUUUGUUGGGCCAGCCUGGGGACGCCAACCAACCCGAGGGAAAGGGCUUGGAGCUGAAUUUCAUUCUGGGUGAGGAGCUCCUCAUGUUAGAAGAUCAUUAUACUGCUGCAGAAAAUGAGCGGGAAAAGUUUACUAAAAAUUCUUGGGUCUAUCUAGGUACGGGCAUCAUUGCUCAGGCUGGGAUCUGGAUUGUUGGUCUUCCUGCUCCAAACCUCGCCAUGUUUUAUAUGCUGACCACGUCACAGCUCACGAUCACGAUUUGGGUCGAUAUUCUCAAGUCUCCCUACUCGCUGUUCACCCCGCAUCCUCUCCUCAAUUCCGCCGGCCUCCUCCUCACCACGCAAGCGAUUCUACUGCUCCAGCCAACCCACACACCGAAGCAAAAGCGGGAUGGGGCAAACGUCCACGGCAUUCUCAACAGUCUCAGCGUUCUGACUCUCAUAGCCGCUCUCGCGGUCAUUGAAGCGAACAAGUACAAGGGUGGCAUGGCUCAUCUUUACUCUCCCCAUGCAAUUUUAGGCUUGAUUACCUACAUCCUUUUCUUCCUGCAAGCCAUCGUUGGCAUAACGCAGUACUGGUUUCCGAGUCUCUACGGUGGGGAGGACAACGCAAAAGCCUUGUAUAAAUACCAUCGUGCCAGUGGCUAUGUUUUGAUCCUGUUAAGUUUGAUUGUGGUGGCAUUGGCGACACAGACGUCGUUCAACAAGAAGGCGUAA